CUCCUGCGUGCGUGCGUGCGUGCGUGCUUGCGCUCGGCGGCGGCGGCGGCGGCGCAGCGUCCCCUGCCCCGAAUGAAAGGGACGGUCCCGGCGAGCGAGCGGCCGUGAGCGACCGGCGGUGACGGGGGGGUGGGGGUGUGCCCGAGCUGCUCCUCUCCCCGGCGCCCCACCCGCCACACGGCAUUGAGAGGAUUGAAGUGGCAUUCUAAGGUCAUUUAAAAUCAUGACAAGCUCAGUUGGACAGAAAAAAGUCUCUUCAAGACAAAGGAAGUGUGGUUUUUGUAGAUCUAAUAAAGAUAAUGAAUGUGGACAAUUAUUGAUGUCAGAAAACCAGAAGGUGGCAGCACAUCACAAGUGUAUGCUGUUCUCAUCUGCACUGGUGUCUUCACACACUGAUAAUGAGAGUCUUGGUGGAUUCUCCAUUGAAGAUAUUCAGAAAGAAAUAAAGAGAGGCACUAAACUGAUGUGCUCUUUGUGCCACUGUCCUGGAGCGACCAUUGGCUGUGAUGUGAAAACAUGUCACAAGACGUAUCACUACUACUGUGCUUUGCAUGAUAAAGCUCAGAUAAGAGAGAAACCCUCACAAGGCAUUUACAUGAUUUUAUGUCGAAAACACAAGAAAACUACGCAUAACUCUGAAGCAGAUUUAGAAGAAAGUAUCAAUGAACACGAGUUGGAGCCUUCACCUCCCAAAGGAAAGAGGAGGGGUCGUAAGGGAAAGCCAAGAAAAACAAAUUUAAAAGGGCAAUCAGAAGACACUAGAUCUACGUCCUCACAUGGCACAGAUGAAAUAGAAAGCAGUUCCUAUAGAGACAGGUCUCCCCACAGAAGCAGCCCCAGUGAUACAAAACCUAAAUGUGGAUUCUGUCAUGCAGGUGAAGAAGAAAAUGAAGCUAGAGGAAAGCUUCAUAUAUUUAAUGCCAAAAAGGCUGCAGCACACUAUAAGUGCAUGUUAUUCUCUUCUGGCACUGUCCAGCUAACAACAACUUCAAGGGCAGAGUUUGGUGAUUUUGAUAUCAAAACUGUACUUCAGGAAAUCAAGAGAGGAAAAAGAAUGAAAUGCACACUUUGCAGCCAGCCCGGUGCUACUAUUGGGUGUGAAAUUAAAGCCUGCAUAAAAACAUACCAUUACCACUGUGGAGUAGAAGACAAAGCUAAAUACAUCGAGAAUAUGUCACGAGGAAUUUAUAAACUCUAUUGUAAAAACCAUAGUGGAAAUGAUGAAAGAGAUGAAGAGGAUGAAGAAAGAGAAAGCAAAAGCCGUGGCAAAUCAGGCACUGACCAUAAUGACAUUCCUCAGCAGCAGCUCAAUGGAAACUAGGUUCGAGGGACAGAGUUAUAGAACUGGGAAUGGCUAAGACAUCAUUACUACUAAUUCUUUUAAAUUGUUUUCUAAAAUCAGAAAAGGGUUAGUAACUUCUACUGCCCAACUCUGUUAGAAAUUUCAUUGAACUGCCUGAAACGUUCAUGUGUGUGAGCCUUCAGUAAGUGGCAGAGUUUUACAUGUCAAUAUUAUGUAGUUUGUAGUCUGCAGUGUCUGGAAAAAAUGAAACACUAUAUAAAUGAUAUGUAAUAUGUACAGUGUCAAAAGUUAAGGCAGACAUUGAAAUGAAGUGAGAUCUAUAUUUCUGGACUGAAUAAAAACCUCAAGAUUUGGAAUGUGUAAGUUGUUUAGUGGAUUCAUGCAAUGAGAGGAGGUCUUAGCUAGUUUAACUAACAACAUGGACAAGUUCGCAGUGGCAGCAAGCUGGUACGUUGUGAAUUUUGCGUUUUCUUCAUACACAAGUUGCGGAGGCCAUACAUGGGAAAGCCGCUCUCUGUUUUUGCUUGCAAAGCACACAGUAGACAAGGACUCGGUGUACACCGAAGCACGCUUGAACAUUUCAGGUUGUUCCUGUUGUGAUUGCUCAUUCCGCCCAGCAUUGUUGCGGGAGAUUUACUUGAGCAGCUGUUGGUUCUGAGCUGUGAGCUUUAGAACUCAUGCCAAAGGGCUGUGGUUCAUUCUUUCCCCAACGACCCACCUCUUUCUGUGUCCCUGAUUUACAAAGAACACUUCACUAAGUGUGAUUAAAACCUUACUAUACAAAUGUUUGGACUCUGCAGCCCAGUCUCUUUUACUUCAGAGUUACAGCUCUUAACUCACUAUGGAGUUUAGCCACCAUAUAUGACAUCCAUACCUCAAGUGUUCUGUCUCGCGUGGAACACUUUGUGUUUUGUCCAGAAUAUGCAUAAAGGUCCCAUGUUCUGUAAGAAGGAUGAGGAAACAACCUUUUUUGCUAGAUUAGUAUUUAUUUUUUAAUCUUAUGACCACUAUAUGAGAAACUUUGCUUAUCAUCCUUAUUUUAGUGCUUAAUUUUUCUCUUGCUCUCAAGUCAACAAUCACGUCAUGGAAUUCUACUUGCUAGAAUUUGAUGUUCCUUUAGGGAAUAAUCAGACCUAGGCUAUACCAAACCUAACAGAUCGGUCCUCUGCUUUCAAACACCUUGUCAUUUCUGAUGGCUACGAGCUUCUUCAAUUGGUCUAUUAAAGCACAUUCUCAGACUUACUUAAAUAAAACCAAAAAGCUGAAUCUAGUCCGCAUGUUUGUCUGUCGCUAUCGCAUCACCUUGCUGUUUGUUUAGGGUUUUGACUUGUUUCACUCUGAACUCCCAACAAAACUUCUGGAUCUGAAGGAAGGAAACAAGCAACAUACACUGAUUUGGCUAAAACCGCUGCAGUUCUUCUGUGAUUGGUAUUGCAAAACCAGUUCAUUUGUAACAUGAGUUUCUGUAGCAUUUUUUACUUGUAUUUUUAAAAGAUUUAAUGUGUGUCAUUUGUCUUCUUAUGCAUUCCCUUAAUGUCUUGAGGGACUCAAUUACUGUAUGUUGGAGUUUCUAACAUUUUUACCUGUUAGAAUUCAAUCAGUUCUGUUUGCUUUCCUGGAGAAUAAUGCAGUUUUAGAAAAAAAUAUUGCUGUAUACAGAAAAUACUCAGAUACUGCUCUAAACAUGAUGCCAUUGAUCAUUUUUAUUUUGUAUUUGUAAUUUUCAAAAUUAAAAGCGUGACUUGAAUUGCAAUGACAGAUCGAUUGUUGAAAUUGUCUAUCAAGGUGUUUUGGUUCACCCGGAAUAUGAACAUUUUUCAGCCACUCAGAACAGUUUUAGAAUGCAGAAAUAACAUCGUUCAGUGUUUAAAUGACUUGUAGAUUUGUGCCUCAGACAUGGCCCUCCCAUGGAAAAAGGCACUUUGUUUGCAGCUACUGUAUUUUAACUGAGGUUGCAUGGGGUAGAUCUGCCAGCAUACUGAUUGUAUUUGAGACUGAGCUCUAAUUCAUAGUGUGUCAGUUGCUUAGUAUAAUAUUCAGUCCAAUAAUUCAUGUGUUGUGAAAUAAACUACCCCAUUCCACGCCUUGAAGAACCAGAACAGCAUUUUACCUUCGGGUAGCAGGAAAGUGGCUGGUUUACCUGUUACCUCUUAGUGCUGAGAUGGCCCGACUAAACCAUCAUGAAUUCAUGGAAACAAAGGCAAAAGCAAAAAUCUUUUCUCUUACGAGCCUCAAAUUUGUCGUAACUGACUUCAACUCAUGUAUGCUGGGUAAAAGUGCCUUACAAUGUAAAAAUUGUAUUUAUAUGUUCCCAAGUAGCAUCACCUGCUGGGGAGUAAUUAUGUCGUGGUGUUAAUAUUUAGAAGAAAUGUACCUCAGCAGUGUAUUUACUGUACAUCUCUUAUGUCCUUAAUUGUAGUUUUAAAAAGCAUGACAAUGUAUGAUAGUAUACAACAUUUACAUCAUUUUUUAAAGACAAAAUACUGCCAUUACUGUCUUUUUAUGUGUAUUUUAGCUUGGAAUUUCAGACAGUCUGAUUUUUUUUUCUCUUUUUUGUUUUUUUGGUAAAGCAAUGUAAUCUUUGCAAGCAUAUAUUGAAGAUUAUUCUGGAGCAUCUACUGCCUUCCCAGAAAUGUUAGAAGUAAUGAAAGUGCUCUAUAGGUGAAAUAGGUAUGUUUAAAUUAGCUAGUUAAAUUAAUGCAGUCCGUUUGUUACUGAGGUUUUUUUUCUAAUAGGCACCUUCUGCUUUCAUCUCACAAUCAGAGAACUCAUGAAUUUAACAAAACUUAUGAAACUGGUUUCACUUUAUUUAUUCUCUUUUUUUUUUUUGGCCUUUGGGCAUUUAUUUUGCUCCCAAGAGCAGCGUGUGCUGUUUAAAGAUGCCUGGAACCCUCUGUGAUGGGAGGUUUCUCCCCAAUUCGUUGUAUCUCUAUAUUAACCGAUCUCCCCAGCUCACUGUAUCUCUGUAUUAACAGAUCUGCAAUUGUGCUAUACCGGGAAGGGAAUGUACCAAGGGAGGACAGGCAUCAGGAUAUUGUUCAAAUAACUUGAGGAUGCAGCUGGUGUAACGCCCGAGUCUCGAGGUGUGAUCAAACGCUAUAGCUGUGCUAUGGCUCCGUUCCAAGGAAGGGCAAAAGGCCGGUUCAGUCUCGCACCGGUGCAGGUAGCUGGGAUGUAGUAGAUUAGGUGAGCAAAAGAUCUACUCGUUCAGCAGGGGUUGAUCCACAGGAGGUUCUGUGAUAAGGCUCUAGUAGGAGUGACACCAGCUUAACUCCUGGAGGGCAGCAAUAAGUCCAUCACCUACACUCCACGAAGUCUGAUCUUUCGGUACAAAGAGCUGUGCUGAUCUAGAAUGGUAUGAGCACACAGAAUCUGGCCCUAAAAUGUGAUAUAAAGGAAGAGAGCUUGCUUCUUACUGCUGCCUAUGUGAAAAAUAACUUCAUGCUAAACCAGAGUGCAAGAUGAAGAGGUGAUAAUCUAUUUGAAGUAUCAGCCUUAUCUGGUAGGUGAUAAUCGGUGCAUUCCAAAGAUAUUAAUAUGCUGGAUCAGAUUGACAAGAAAAUUAAUCCUCAUUAGAUGAAAUUAAUCUUAAGAGAACUGAAGGUACAUUAUAGCAAAUAGUAACUCUUCUUACACGUCACCAGAAAAAGAUUCCACUGUAUUAGUGAUGGAGAUUGAAAAACAGAACACGGCUCUUGAUUUAUAUACUGUUGAAGCAGUUUCUAUAUAUGCAUAUGUACGCACAUUCAUUAGUCAGCAGUGACAUCUCAACCCUUAAAGGAUCCUGGAGAACUGUUGCUUGUCAAAAAGCACUCAGGUUAGGCUAAUAAUGUCUGCAGCUUUUGCUCUAGCAUACAUUUACAUUAGGUGUAAAGACAAGGAGUGUAUGAAAGAGGGUAAAUGCAUUCCUAUCUACAAUGUUAUGUAUAUUUUGUUCCUGUUAUAUUGGCUUUACUUCCAAAGUUGUAGUUUGCAGUAUUAGUUUCUUUUCAUUGGUAUCCUUGCAUAUAUAUAUUCAAUAAAUGAGUUAUGAAUUUCA